GUGCCUGUGGCGGCGGCGGGAGGGGGCUCCUCACGGCUGGGUGUCGUCUGAGGAGGCGGCGGCGGCGGGUGCGGGCGCUGAAUGAAGAUGGACUAUGACUUCAAGGUGAAGCUGACCGGGGAGCGCGAGCGCGUGGAGGACCUCUUCGAGUAUGAGGGCUGCAAGGUGGGCAGGGGCACCUACGGGCACGUCUACAAGGCCAAGCGGAAAGACGGGAAAGAUGAUAAAGAUUACGCUCUAAAGCAAAUAGAAGGUACUGGAAUUUCUAUGUCUGCAUGCAGAGAAAUAGCACUGCUUCGGGAGCUGAAACAUCCAAAUGUAAUUUCUCUGCAAAAAGUGUUUCUGUCUCAUGCUGAUAGAAAAGUGUGGCUUCUCUUUGACUAUGCGGAACAUGACCUUUGGCACAUAAUAAAGUUUCACAGAGCUUCUAAAGCAAACAAGAAGCCAGUUCAGUUACCUCGGGGAAUGGUGAAAUCUCUAUUAUAUCAAAUCCUAGAUGGUAUUCAUUACCUACAUGCUAACUGGGUGUUACACAGGGAUUUGAAACCUGCUAAUAUUUUAGUUAUGGGUGAAGGUCCUGAGCGAGGAAGAGUAAAAAUUGCUGACAUGGGCUUUGCCCGACUAUUUAAUUCACCUUUGAAGCCUUUAGCUGAUUUGGAUCCAGUAGUUGUAACAUUCUGGUAUCGAGCUCCAGAAUUACUGCUUGGAGCAAGGCAUUAUACCAAAGCUAUUGAUAUUUGGGCUAUAGGGUGUAUAUUUGCAGAGCUGCUAACAUCUGAGCCAAUAUUCCACUGCCGACAAGAAGACAUAAAAACUAGUAAUCCAUAUCAUCAUGACCAGCUGGACAGAAUAUUCAAUGUAAUGGGAUUUCCUGCAGAUAAAGAUUGGGAAGAUAUUAAAAAGAUGCCUGAACAUUCAACGUUAAUGAAAGAUUUUCGAAGAAACACGUAUACCAACUGCAGCCUUAUCAAAUAUAUGGAAAAACAUAAAGUUAAGCCAGAUAGCAAAGCAUUCCACUUGCUACAGAAAUUGCUUACUAUGGACCCAAUAAAGAGAAUUACCUCAGAACAGGCUAUGCAGGAUCCUUAUUUCUUAGAAGAUCCACUUCCUACAUCUGAUGUGUUUGCAGGUUGUCAAAUCCCAUACCCAAAACGAGAAUUUUUAACUGAAGAAGAGCCUGAUGAUAAAGGAGACAAAAAGAACCAGCAGCAGGGCAAUAACCACACAAAUGGAACUGGUCAUCCAGGGAACCAAGACAACAGUCAUACGCAAGGGCCUCCCUUGAAAAAAGUGAGAGUUGUUCCUCCUACCACUACCUCAGGUGGACUUAUCAUGACCUCAGAUUAUCAGCGUUCCAAUCCCCAUGCUGCCUAUCCAAACCCUGGACCAAGCACAUCACAGCCACAGAGCAGCAUGGGAUAUUCAACUACCUCCCAGCAGCCUCCACAGUACUCUCACCAGACGCACCGGUACUGAGCUGCACCUAAAUAAAGUCAAUGCACUGUUGCUAAGGCUGCAGGACUGGCCGUGCUGCUGUCUGCCUGGAACCUGGCGUUGGGCUGCAAGAAUGUACUGUAAACUAUCACAUUUUCAAAAUGUCUGAUAGCCAAGUUCCACUACUUUUCACAGGCUGGGAGUGGUGGCUCCCUCAGAUUGUACCCAUUAUGGAAUUAGACUUGAAAAGAAAGUACUAGCACAGUUUGUGUUGUGGAUAUGCUACUUCCAUAGUUUACUUGACAUGGUUCAGACUGACCAAUGCAUUGUUUUCAGUGACAGUCUGUAGCAGUUGAAGCUGUGAAAUGUGCUAGGGGCAAGCAUUUUUGUUGUUGUGAAUUCUAUUGAUGUUAACAACGUUAUCUGACCAAUAGUACGCAAAAUCUCUUAACUGGUAUUUGAAGCAUACAGUAUGUGUUAAUGAGAUGAAAGCAAACUAACCGUGGCUCCAAUUGAGAAUUUUUUUUGAUAUACAUUGACUUUUAGUGACUUUUUUGUGGGUUGAUUCAUUUUCCACAUUGAUCAAUGUUUUAUGACCAACAAAUUUGCUAGAGAGAGAUUUUUUUAAAGACACAAAAAAUGAGCAUUUUUCCAGCAGAUUUACAAGCCUCCCAAAGAUUAAUUUUCAGCAUAUGUUUAUUUUGUUCUCAAAUCUAUGACUUGACUGGUAUUAAAGCUGCUAUUUGAUAGUAAAUGAGUGUGUUACUGAGAUAAACCUGUUUGUUUCAGCAACCAACUAAAAUGAUUGUCAUAGACAGUGUUUUAUUUUUCCUGUUGGUGUUAACUCAUUUGUGAGCAUGCUUGGAAUUUUUAAAAAAGCAUGAGUGACGUUCCCUGCAAACAAACAAGCAGUGCAGCAUUCAUUCAGAUAUUUUUGUCAUGAUUUUUUGAGAGCUGGCUUGAUGUAGUGGAUUUUAAAUUUUAAUUAUUUUUAAAUAUGUUCGCACGUUGUUUUAGGGUCUCCUUUAUUAAAGCAAAGGAUUAAGGUGUUAGGAGAACCUUAGAAUUUGAGGAAAAACUAUACCAUACAAUGUACUGUAUCAAACUAUUUUACAUGAAUGACGCAGGUAUUCUGAAUUUUAAAAGAAAUCAACAUUGUUAAAAACAAGGUGUUACAUAAUAAAAUUAUUUUUCAUAAAUCUG